GAUGGGGGAGUCAGAGUUCCAAAGUACAUAUACAUCAUAGCACAUGGCUUCAUUUUCCUGGCCACAAUUUACGCUGGAUACUGACUUUUAUCCUCUUGUUUGUGCUGGUGUGUGAGAUCGCAGAGGGCAUAGUGUCUGAUGGGGUUUCAGAAUCGCGCCAUCUGCACCUGUACAUGCCGGCUGGGAUGGCAUUCUUGGCAGCCAUCACAUCGGUUGUCUACUACCAUAAUAUCGAAACAUCCAAUUUCCCGAAGCUGUUAAUUGCAUUGUUGUUCUACUGGACUUUAGCUUUUAUAACUAAAACCAUCAAAUUUGUGAAGUUCUGUGAUAAUGGGGUCGGAUUUUCUCAGCUUCGAUUUUGCCUCACUGGACUCCUGGUUGUUCUGUAUGGAAUGCUUCUAGCUGUAGAAAUCAAUGUCAUCAGGGUGAGGAGGUAUGUUUUCUUCAAAACUCCUAAAGAAGUUAAACCUCCUGAGGAUCUCCAGGACCUUGGCGUUCGAUUCCUACAGCCAUUUGUGAAUCUGUUAUCCAAAGGAACGUACUGGUGGAUGAAUACAUUCAUCAAGACUGCCCAUAAGAAACCAAUAGACUUGAAAACCAUCGGCAAGCUUCCCAUUGCUAUGAGAGCAUUGACCAAUUACAUGCGCCUUAAUGAGGCUUUUGAGGCACAGAAGAACAAAAGGUCAUCAUCUCCACAAGGAUCCAGAUCAAUAUGGCGUGCUCUCUGCUGUGCUUUUGGAAGACCCUUACUUCUCAGUAGCACCUUCCGUAUUCUGGCUGACUUGCUGGGAUUUGCUGGUCCGCUCUGCAUCUCUGGGAUUGUUCACAAUGUUGGAAAAGGAAAUAACACCAUCCGCCCACAGACUAAAAUUCUUGGUGUUUUCUUUAUUUCAUCUCAAGAGUUCCUGUCCAAUGCUUAUGUUUUGGCUGUACUCUUAUUUUUUGCCCUUCUAUUGCAAAGGACAUUUCUACAAGCAUCAUAUUAUGUUGCUAUUGAAACAGGAAUCAAUUUGAGAGGCGCAAUACAGACAAAAAUAUACAAUAAAAUUAUGCAACUUUCAACUUCCAACAUGUCCAUGGGUGAGAUGACUGCAGGCCAGAUCUGCAACCUGGUUGCCAUAGACACAAAUCAGCUGAUGUGGUUCUUUUUCCUCUGCCCGAACCUUUGGGCUAUGCCUGUACAGAUAAUUGUAGGAAUUCUUCUGCUCUACUACCUUCUUGGGAUCAGUGCCUUAAUUGGAGCAGCAGUAAUCAUAGUCCUUGCACCUGUUCAGUACUUUGUAGCCACAAAACUCUCACAAGCCCAGAGGAGCACAUUGGAGUACUCCAAUGAGAGACUGAAGAAGACAAAUGAGAUGCUUCGAGGCAUCAAACUACUUAAACUCUAUGCUUGGGAACACAUCUUUCACAGCAGUGUAGAAGAAACCAGACAAAAAGAAAUGACUAGCCUCAAGUCUUUUGCCCUUUACACCUCCAUAUCCAUCUUUAUGAAUGCAGCAAUACCAAUUGCAGCUGUACUUAUUACAUUUGUGGUCCAUGCUCAUCUGACAAGAAAGGCUGACUUCUCCCCAUCGGUGGCAUUUGCCUCUAUCUCCUUGUUUCAUAUUCUUGUGUCUCCAUUGUUCCUGCUCUCCAGUGUGGUUAGAUCUACUGUCAAAGCAUUAGUAAGCGUGCAGAAACUGAGUGAAUUCCUGUCAAGUGAAGAAAUUGGAGAAGAGCAUGAUAAAUCUUCAGAGCUAAGGAGUGCAGAUAAUCACAGCAAGUAUCAGGCGGUGCCACUCAAAGUUGUUAACCGCAAGAGGCCUGCCAGGGAGGACUGGAAUAAUUACAGCUCUCACAUGAGAAGACCCAUUAACAUCACAGAAGCAGAUGAUUUUUGUGUAAAGAUCACAAAUGGAUUUUUCACUUGGACACCUGAAGGUCCUCCAGCAUUGUCCAGCAUUGAUAUUCGAAUCCCUCAAGGUCAGCUAACAAUGAUUGUAGGACAGGUUGGCUGCGGUAAGUCAUCUCUCUUGCUAGCCAUACUUGGUGAGAUGCAGAAGAUCUCUGGGAACAUAUUCUGGAGCAGCUGUACUUCUGACAGUGAGACGGGGGAAGAUGUCAGCCCAGAGAAAGAUUCUCCUGUUGACACGGAAUUCAGGAAAAGAGGCUCAGUAGCAUAUGCAUCACAGAAGCCUUGGUUGCUCAAUGCCACAGUGGAAGAGAAUAUCACAUUUGAAAGCCCUUUUAACAAACAGAGGUACAAAGCAGUAAUUGAUGCUUGUUCCCUCCAGCCUGAUAUUGACAUUCUCCCUCAUGGAGACCAAACCCAGAUCGGAGAGAGGGGUAUUAAUCUGUCUGGAGGGCAGCGCCAACGUAUCAGCGUGGCAAGAGCACUUUACCAGCAGACAAAUGUUGUGUUCCUGGAUGAUCCAUUUUCUGCACUGGAUAUCCACCUAAGUGAUCAUCUCAUGCAAGAAGGGAUCCUGAAAAUGCUGCGGGAAGACAAGCGGACCAUUGUCCUAGUGACUCACAAGCUGCAGUACUUACCCCAUGCUGACUGGAUAAUUGCAAUGAAAGAUGGUAACAUCCAGAGAGAAGGAACACUCAAAGACAUCCAGAAAUCAGAGACUGAGCUCUUUGAACACUGGAAGACAUUGAUGAAUCGACAGGACCAAGAGCUGGAGAAGGAGACCAUUAUUGAAAGAAAAACUGUUUUGGAAAGAACCAAUCUCAGGAGGACUAUGUAUUCCCGUGAAGCUCUGCUGAAAGAUGAUGAAGAGGAUGAAGAAGAAGUAACAGAAAGUGAUGAUGAAGACAACCUGUCCUCGGUGCUGCAUCAGCGAGCAAAGAUGCCCUGGAGAGCCUGUGGAAAGUACCUCAGCGCAGCAGGGAUCCUCCUCCUGCCGCUGCUGGUGCUGUCCCAGCUGCUGAAGCACACGGUGAUGGUGGCCAUCGACUACUGCCUGGCACGCUGGACCUCGGCUGCCAUUUCUGGGAAGACAGAGCUGGAGCUCAGAAACUGCUCUUACUGCGAG